CCCGUUUGUGUCAAAGUUUGAAUAAAUACAGCAAAUAAAGAAAGACCAAAAUUAGUGUGGUGGUGACUCUUUUCAAAGUUGACGGCUCAUUGAGCGUAUACAUGAUACAUCUUUGGGGUUUAAAAGCCUCUCCACAAUAAACCCUAAUCAUCUUCUGUAGUUCUUUAUCACUUAACUCUCCAAUGGACCGCAGAGUCUCGCCUCCACCACAACAUCAAGUUUUCAUCAAUUUCCGCGGAGAUGAGCUGCGCAAAAACUUCAUCAGCCAUCUCGUGGAGGCCCUUCAAAGGAGUAAGAUAAACUUCUUUACAGACAAGCAGGAGCAGAAAGGUGAAGAUCUGAGCAAUCUUUUCAAGAGGAUCGAGGAGUCAAAGAUCGCACUAGCCGUUUUCUCUAAAAGGUACACUGAAUCAAGGUGGUGCCUAGAUGAGCUUGUGAAGAUAAAACAACGUGUGGAUCUAGGCCAGCUCAAGGUGCUUCCCAUCUUCUACAAUGUGACUACAGACCAUGUGAAACUCCUUAAUGGAGAAUUUGGCUCCAAUUUCGAGAUUCAUCAAUCACGACUUGAGCAACCCAAAAUAGAUGAAUGGAAAGAGGCGUUAGCAUGUAUCUCAUGGAAGAUUGGCUUUCCGUUCAUAGAUAAUAAUGGUUUUAGCAGCAGCACAGAGAGCGAGUUCAUCGACAGUAUCGUCAAGAAGGUCUUGGAAUUGCUACAAGCCAUUCCCUCGGUGCAAACCCCAAAUUCACUUGUCAACAAACUUGCGGAAAGAGGAGAAGCUUCUUCUAAGACAACAAAGAGUUCUAAAAAAGCCUUCAAGGCUCAAAAGGGAAACCUAACGAGUCCACCUAAUGCUGCGACCGUAGGCUUUACUGGAAGCAACUCUUUAGCUCCUCAAGCCUUUGACUCCGGUACAUAUAUCACGAUUCAUUCUGCGCAGGCACCAACUCCGGCCAAUGCAUUGAGACUCAGUGUGCCGCCGGCACAAGACCCUUAUAACCCGGGGAUUCAACUUGGCCAUGGAUCUGGUUUCACCGGUACAAGACACUCAUAUGACGGCUAUCCAAUUAGAUAUGGCAACCAUGAAUCCGCGGGAAGAGUAGAGUCUUCUUCUAUGACUAACAAUUCGAAGAAACCUCUCAAGCCUUCAAAGAGAAACCUCGAGUUUACGGGGACAAAUGGAUGGAUAUCUUAAGGUAAAAGUAUAGAAUCGAAUUUUCAGCUUAUGGUUUCAUUUGCUACAUGUAUAAGACCUUCCGGUUAUUUAUUAGUAUUACCGUCGGAGUAAUAGUACUCGACGAUAGACUAUUAUAUAUUUUACUAUAAUGUAAGGUUUUUUAUGAUAAUAAUGAAUAUUUUUUUUUGUCUA